AUGACAAGAACUGUAGCAAGGUAUGCAGUUGUGACUGGUGCAAAUAAAGGAAUUGGAUUAGAGACAGUUAGGCAGUUAGCUUCAGCUGGGAUCAAUGUGGUGCUUACAGCUAGAGAUGAGAAAAGGGGUCUUCAAGCUUUGGAAUCACUCAAAGCCUCUGGUUUAUCUGAUCUUGUAGUUUUUCACCAGCUAGAUGUGGCUGAUGCUCAAAGUGUAGCUUCUCUGGCGGAUUUUAUCAAAUCCAAGUUUGGGAAACUUGAUAUUCUGGUUAACAAUGCAGGGAUUGGUGGAAUGGAAAUCGAAGACAAGGAUUUACUCCUUCCAGUAAUGAUGAAACGCGAGGAAUCAUCUGAAGAUGAACUGAGAAAAGCAAUGACUCAAACAUAUGAGUUAGCUGAAAAAUGCUUGCAAACAAAUUAUUAUGGGGCUAAAAGAACAACCGAAUCCCUUCUUCCCCUCCUUCAUUUAUCUGAUUCACCAAGAAUUGUGAAUGUAUCAUCCACCGUGGGGAAGUUAGAGUGCGUAUUAAAUGAAUGGGCUAAAGGAGUUUUCGGUGAUGCUGAAAACCUCACAGAAGAGAGAGUGGAUGAAGUAUUGAAGCAAUUUCUCAAAGAUUUCAAAGAAGGGUCAUUGGAAAAAAAAGGGUGGCCUAAGUGUUUGGGUGCCUAUAUUGUCUCUAAAGCUGCUAUGAAUGCUUAUACAAGAAUUCUUUGUAAGAAAUACCCUGCUAUCUGCAUCAAUAGUGUUUGCCCUGGUUAUGUCAAGACAGAUAUAACAGGCAACAAUGGCUUCUCUACAGUUGAAGAAGGUGCUGCUAAUCCUGUGAGGGUAGCACUUUUUCCAAGUGGUAGUCCAUCUGGCCUCUUUUAUUCACAGUGUGAAGCCUCUCCCUUCUGA